GUAGUUGUGUCUGUCUGGCAGACGGAGCCGACAGCUCUGCAGGCUAUUGACUCUCUCCGCGGUCUACUGGUCCAUAAAAACAACUUAAAAAAAGCCAACAGAUCCUCUGCAACAGGACGGGAGAUGGAUAACAGUAAACGGACUGUGGUCGUUACAGUUGGACUUGUUCUCAACACCAGGCCUCUGUCCAGACAUGGUGUCAUUGCAGAGCUAUUACAAAGUGGUUAAAAGUUUUGGGCCAUUUGGAGAGCAUGCGGUCAACGCCAGCUGGGUAGCAGUACAGGAACUGAAGAAGCUCGGACUGGGAGGUGAAGUGGACUUGCAUGUAUCCGAGGUUCCUGUAGAGUACCAGACAGUCCAGAGUUUGGUUCCUUCAUUAUGGAAGAAGUAUCAUCCACUGUUGGUAGUUCAUGUUGGAGUCUCAGGUAUGGCCACCACCGUCACGUUGGAGAAGUGUGGCAGAAAUCAUGGCUACAAGGGCCUGGACAACAGCAGCUUCUGUCCUGAUUCGCAGUGUUGCAUUGUGGGAGGCCCGGACUGUAUCAACUCAGUUAUUGACAUGGAAUCAGUCUGUAAGAGAGUGACGGCCUCGGGUCUGGGAGUAGCUGUGUCUGUCUCCAAAGAUGCUGGAAGGUAUCUAUGUGACUUCACCUAUUACACAUCUCUGUACCUGAGCCAUGGUCGCUCUGCCUUCGUACAUGUGCCUCCUCUUGGAAAGCCUUACAGCGGGGAAGACCUGGGCCGUGCACUGCAGGCCAUCAUCCAAGAGAUGCUGGAGCUUCUAGACCAGGCCGAAGAGAAAAUCCACUGCCAGCAGCACUUCCACUAAGUGACCUCCAGAUGCCAACCAGCCUCUCCGGCCCUCUCGACACAAGAGGAAUUGCACUUAACCACAAGUAGCCAAACUUCUACAAAAUGAAAACUUCAGCAUAUCCCAUGUUUCCAGCAUUUGUUUGUGUUAAGUUUUUGAUUCAUGUUUUUCUAGCCCUGACUCAGUUAUGUUUUAAUGUCUCCCGAUGGUGAGAAGAUAAAAUGGGAGUCUCAAGCCUAACUGUGCUGUUUCACACUUGACGUUGAAUUGUUUCUUGAGUCCUUUUUCUUUAUAAGAAGUUGUAAUUUUGCCUUCUUUUACAAAGGUUAUUUAAAUAAGGGAACGGGUUGGUUCCAGCUCAUAUUCCCCCCCCCAAUUUUGUCGGCCCAAUUCUGACUGAACACCCAAAUCCACCCCACUGAGUUCUGGACCCCAGGUUGUGCAAUGUUAUUGUACAGAUCUCAAGUUCAGUGGUUUAUUCAUAGGUUUAUCAUAAAUAUAUCAUGGUUGCACAAUUAUUUGUGAUAAUAUUGAGCAUUGCAAUUAUUACCACAGACAUUUUCAGAUUGAAUUUAACAGUUUCCUCUGAAGGAGCUGUGUUAUGAAGUUGUGUAACUACACAAAAUAUGGUAUACAAUCUAAUUUGUAUAUCCAUUGAUAUUCUUUAGAAAUAACUGAACAAUAGUAGAUCUUGUCGCUCUUGUUCAUUUAAACUGUUUAGAAUACCUGCCAUUUAAACUAAUUGUUUAAAAAGUUUGCAACAUUUCAAGACCAAACUUGCAAAAUCUCAAGUUUUUCUUUUUUGUGCGGCCUAAUUUGUAUUCUUUGAUAAAAGCUUUCUGUUGUUAUCUUCAUUAAAUUGGAUAUAGCUAUUUUACCUGAGGAUUUGAUUUUAUGAAGUUGGACUCUCAGAUCAGUCAGAGUUGGGCCUGAAAUUUUAUUUCUGUAGCACUUUCUUUAUUUUGAUUUUACAUCUUUUACUUAAUCUGGAAUAUGGGCAGCAAUUUUAGUCAUGUGAAUGCUUGCAUUUUUAUUUUCAGUCACUUUAACUUAAAAUAUGUAGCUUUCCAGACAUCCAUUUUCAAUCCCCCCCCAAUAAUUUAUGCAUGUGAGGUAUGCUUUAUAGGGGAGUUUUCCUUUAUUUUCCUGAGCUUUGGUUUGUUCUGAACUAUUAAAUGAACUGCAGCAGAUUUCAUCACUGUGUUUGUGAUAGUGCCUCUCCCAGCUGUAAAUGUUCUGUUUUAGAAUCCUUUUUUUAUUGGAUUGUCUUGUGUUUCCCUGGUUGCUGAGACGCCAGAACAGCCCAUGACACCCAACACAGCUUCAGUUGGAUCAGUUUUAGUAGAAUUCUGCAUAUCCCCAGAAAGAAACCAUAUGUCUGUUUUAAACUGUCCCAGUUAGUCUUAGCAAACUAACACUGUGCUUAGCGUUGAAGCAGUAGUGGUCUCUUGGCCUUUCAUUGAGUUUUUAAUUAAAUGGUUUUUCCUCAGUUAAGCAAGUUGUUGCCAGUGAGUUUGAGUAGAUUGGCAUUAUUUUUAGCAGUGUGUCAUUUUAAUUGCUAUUCAGCACCAUGGUUUGUACCACAAAGUAGCAUCUUUAAAUGUAACUCUUAAUUGUGUGUGGUUUAAAAAUCUCUUAUAAUCUUGUUGAAAUGGAGGGCAGGUUUGGGUUCUGAGUUUGCCGGUGCUGAUAUUUUAAUGUGUGGCUUUGUGAGUGCUGAGAAGUGAAAGGGGUUUGGAGGAGCUGCCCAGAAAAUGUCUGCUCACAAAAGUGAAAUCCUCAAGUUUACAUGUGAGGUGACCUCUGAUCCUGUGCCUUGCUGUUGUUUAUGUGGGUUAUGAAAAGGCCUUAAAAAUACUCAGUGGGUCAGUUAAAAGAUAUAUUACUGAUGCUGUCCAGUCAGAUGUGUGGCUACCUCAAAAAUACUUUUUUAUCUUGGUGUGCUCCGUUGUACAAUAACAUUAUGGCUUUAUUGUGAGUUUCUCUGUUUAGGGAGAAUCCACUGAAAGGUGUUUUCUGCUUCUGACAUUAACAAAGCACUUGUUACAAUAAAUAAUAUUGGCUUUUAAAAGGAAAGGCUUUGAAAAAAAGAGAAUUAAAGGAUUAUAAGUAACA